AUGCAAAAUAGGACAGCUGCACCGCAGUUAAUUGCUUCUUUUCAGCCGUACAUCAACCGUCGUCGAGGUGAAGGCGGUUUCUUGUGCGCCUCGUGCUCUUCGCAAUCAAUUCAAAACCGCUUCCUGACCGCUUCGGGCGAACGCCCACAUCCACCCCAGGGCACUCCCUGCUGCUCUUCCUUCCAACUAGGUUUAGAGCAACACCGUUAUGAGGACAUGGGGUUUUUCUCGUCCAGAAAGGCUGAAGACAACAACAGCUACCAGGUCGCCAUUGGCGUGGGGGGAGUUGCGGGGAACAACGGCGACAAGGGAGUCGUGCAGGUCAUACGCUCCCGUUUCUACGGCAAGAAGGGGAAAGAACGCGAAGAUCAGACCCCUUCAUUUCGCAGUGGGGCUACGACCGCGCAGACGCUUUCGAGCAGCCAUUCGCCCGUCGCGUCAAGCCCUCUGGCUUCUCCCAGUCGGGGCGGCGCUGGCCCGAGCAUCCUACUCAAUCCUUCCAACCGCCUUCCUCCAGCGACACCCGCUUCGGCCUCACGGAAACGGACUAUUCACAGCGAACCUUCAACCCCUUUGGUCGCCUCACCGCGCACUAGAGACCCCUCAGGAUCCUCCUCUCAUCCUCAAGCCCAUGGCGCCAAUGCCAGCACUCCUGCCUCACCUCGCAAAAGCACCACUGACGUCGUCACGGUGACGUUAGCGCAGCGUUUGAACGAGCUAGCUGUAGCGAACUCGGAGGGACUGUUGAACGACGAUGAAUAUCGCCUCCUUCGCCAGAACCUGUUCGAGCGUUUCGCUACCAAUGCUACAGUUCCAACUGAAGCCCCCGUUGUGCCUGUUGCCCCUGCUCGACCUCGACCUCCGAAAGGCGGGGGCACACCGGAACGAGCAACUUCAACCCGCCCUCUCUCCAACUUCCAAGUCGAACGACCUCUUUCAAUCACCUCAAAGACGUCAGUCACUUCAGGGAUGACCGACCUUUUCAGACGAGCGACGGGCCGACGAUCUGCCUCGAAGGACAUGAGCGAUAACUCAAGUAUAUGGUCAAGCACAUCUAAUACAUCCUUCUUCAAGAUGCCGCGGAUUCUGACGCGGAGGACGAGCGAUUCCUCAGUACGGACGAACGCCCAAGCAGACGCUAUGUCAAUAUCCUCCAGGCGGAUAGGCUCUGAUCGUGGGCAUAGUGAAAAAUCUACUGCACGGUCCGCCACGGGUAGCAUCAGACGCAUGAAUGCACCACCGUCGUCAUUCCCUCGUUCGAGAGGACACGAUAGCCCACAUGCGAAUACCAACAACCUGCGCACAGUUUUCAACGAGGAGAAUUUGACCACCGUUCAAGAAGUUUCUCAAGAGAUUGCCAGCGUAGAAGCGGAAGCGAAACGGUUGAUGGAUGCCUUCAACGGUCUUGAGGUCACAAGCCUUGCUAGGGCUCAAAGGCAUCGGGUUCGACCAUCACUCAAGACUGUAGACCUCCUCAAGUCGAACUACACGGAGUCAAAUUGGGGUAUGGACUCUGAUGGACGGUCACAGAGACGUAUCAACCUCGCGGAUGACGCCAUAUCCAUGCGAUCUGGCACCUCUAUUGGAACUGCGCCCUCGAUGUCGCGUUCAGCGUAUUCAGCGAAGAAAACUCCGCGAUCUAAAGGGACAUUGGCGACGCCGACUACCCUCAAUCCAAGUUCUCGACCAACGUCGCUUCACAGGAAAAAUUCGACCUCUAGUGUUACUUCGGAUCGGAGACCAGUUCGAACAGCAGUUGCUCCUCCGGUUCCAGCGUUGCCCAAUUCUAUUAUGCACCUCAAGGGCGCGAGCAGUUCUAAUAUCAGCCUUGUAAGGAGCACGGCCCAUUCACACAUGCAUACCGUCCCCGAGGACGAGAAGUCCAUGACGGACACUAACAAUACCCUACGCGUUGACGAGGACUACGAGACAGAAAUGGAGGACAUUCGGCGACGUCGGGAGGAGGUGAGCCAGCGAUAUGAAGCUCGGCUGGAGUACCUGCGGGCGAAGCUGAAGGGGGCGCAGCUGCACGAGAAACUAAUGCGCAAGUAG